CCAAGCUUUUCCAUUACCUUUGUAAACCUUCCUCUCCCUUCCUUCAAUUCAUCUGUUUUGCCUCUCGCCAUGGCGCUACUCAGAAAACGACUUCGGAGCUGUUCAGAAGUCAACCCUUCCAAUUCCAUGAUCAGCUCACUCGGGGACGAUCUCCUCACAGAGAUUCUGAUUCGCCUCCCGAACUACAGAUUCGCCUUCUGGUGCAAACCCGUCUGCAAGCGCUGGAGGUCCCUGAUCUCAAGUCCCAGCUUCAGCUGCCGCUUCAUUUCUCACCACCGGAGCAUGGACAGACUGCCGGCUCUGCUUCUUCACACGGACGACGCCAGCGACCCGCAAUCGGCAAUCAUGAGGUUCAUCCCGUCCAUGCCUUUUAGGGUUCGGGCCUGUUUCAAAAUUUUGGAUUGCUUCAAGGAUUUGCUCUUGUGCGGGUUCAUGGAUGUGAAAUAUAGGAGGGAUAGGAAGGAUCCAGAUGAGAUUAAGAACUACCACAAACUCGGCAGGACGUACUUGGUCUGCAAUCCGUUUACCAAGCAGUGGAUGGCCCUUCCUUUAGCGCCUGAGAAGCCGAUGGGCUAUGAAGCGCCGGUUACAAGGUUAGUUUGUGAACCCCUUAGUAGUAAUAGUAAUGGCGUCGACCAAGCACUCGCUACUGUUGACGUUCUUCGUGCUGCGACGGAAACCCUGAAGAAUGAUUUGAUGGAUAAAUUGUUGGCGCUCCCACGCCCCGGAGAGAAGCUACAUGAAUUGCAUGACUGGUUACGCAUACUCAGGAAUGAGCUGUGCGAGUUGGAUUCUCAGAGAGAAGCGAUUCUUUCCCUCUAAAGAUGAGCAGAGGAGCAUUACUGUAAUGCAUCUGCAAUUGAGUAUAUAUGCAUGAAAAAAGAAGGGGCAUUGAAAGUUGCUCAUUCACUAGUCGAGGAAAGGCUGGCUUGGCUUGUACAUCUUGAACACCUUGUCCAGUUCGUCUUUCACUGACGUCGCAGCUCAGCCUUCGACGUUUUAUGCCAUCAUGUACAGUCACUCCAAGUUAUGCUACCCAAAUGAGAUUUGAGGAUAUUAACGUUAUCAAACAUGAGUUUUCGAUGGAUUGAUUAAGUCGAUUCCAGUUACUUGUGUAUGAUGUUAUCAGUGCUGCCGGUUAUGACCAUGCACACCAAUUCAAGCUGUUGCUGCACGCCA